AUGAGAGAGGAGCAGAACGACACCGUUGCGACCGAACUAGCAACCAAAAACGACGGCGCGUCAUCCGGCGUCGUUUUGUUCGGCAAGUACGAGUUGAAGAGGUUACUGGGAGUUGGCGCGUUCGCCAAGGUGUACCACGCCACAAGUCUGGACACGAGCCAGAGUGUGGCGGUGAAGGCCGUGAGCAAAAGCAAGGUAUUGAACGGAGGUUUCACCGCCAACGUGGAACGCGAGAUCUCUAUCAUGCGCCGCCUCCGUCACUCCAACAUCGUUGACCUCUUCGAAGUCCUGGCGACGAAGACGAAAAUCUAUUUUGUCAUGGAGUUCGCCGGCGGCGGCGAACUCUUCCACGAGGUCGCCCGCAAGGGCCGGCUCGCGGAGAAUGCCGCCAGGUUUUACUUCCGCCAACUCAUCUCCGCCGUGAAACACUGCCACUCGCGCGGCGUGUUCCACCGCGACCUCAAGCUCGAUAAUCUCCUGCUCGACGAGAACGGGAGUUUGAAAGUCUCCGAUUUCGGGUUGAGCGCCGUCACGGGUCAGAUCCGACCCGAUGGGUUGUUACACACGGUCUGUGGGACCCCUACCUACGUGGCACCUGAGAUUCUCGUGAAGAGAGGCUACGAUGGUGCGAAAGUGGAUCUGUGGUCGUGCGGCGUCGUUUUGUUCGCGCUUACUGCAGGUUAUUUACCCUUCAAUGAUUACAACAUCACCGUUUUGUACAGGAAGAUUUACCGCGGUCAAUUCCGGUUCCCUAGGUGGAUGUCUACUGAUCUGAGGUUUCUCUUAUCACGCUUGCUGGACACGAAUCCCGAGACCAGGAUCACCGUUGACGAUAUCUACCAGGACACGUGGUUCAACGCGGGUGAGGACCUGUACGACCCGGUUCUGGUCAAGGAGAGUAAGUGCACCUGUGGAGAGAGCCGAACCGGGUUCAAAUCCUUGAACGCGUUUGACCUAAUUUCAUUUUCGACCGGGUUGGACAUGUCGAGUCUUUUCGAGGAUCCGAACGGAUCAGACUCGGUGGAACGGGUUGUUUCCGCGGCGGCGCCGGAGAAUGUUAUGGAGAGGGUGGAGGCGGCGGCGGAGGAGGGAAGGGUGGUGGUGAAGAGGGAGGGGAAUGGUGGUGGAGCGAAGUUGGAAGGGCAAGAUGGUAAUUUGAUAGGUCUCGUGGUGGUGUACCGGUUAACGGAGGAGCUGGUGGUGGUUGAAAUGAAGAGGAGCGAGAAGGGAAGGGAAUGUGGUGCACAAUUUUGGAAAGAUAAAUUGCGCCCCCUGCUUCAUGAAUUGGCACGUGAACGGGAAGCGCCGGUUCCCGGUGACUUCUGUAAAAUAUAG